AUGUCGUUUUCUGAGUUCCUACAGAAGCGAAUCUUUCAGCCGCUGCGAAUGUUCCAGACAAAUAUUAUGGGAAAUGGGUCAGGUAUUGACUUAAAUAUCGCCCACCCAUACGUUCGUCUGUCUGAUGGAACAUGGUCCAAGAUCGAGAACUGUCCGACAUCUAGAGAGCACGGGCCAUUCUUAGCCAGCAUGGGAAUGAGCAGCUCUGUCAACGAUAUGCUUAGCUUCAUGGCGGCUGUUAUGAACCAGUACGACGAGGAACGUGAGGUGGAUGUACCACAGCGUCUUAUCAAGGCCAGAUCAACAAAUCCGUUGUACCAGAUUGGACCUAUGUGGAACUACUGGUGGACACGUCCGGUCAAUGACGGAUUUGAGAACGACACCGCGUACACUCUGGGGUGGCACCGUACAACCAUGCCCACUGCUGCCCUGGGCAUUGGCUCAUACAAUCGACACGCAGAUGUCGAAAAGUCUUACCUUGACGCGAAGACAAUCCUCGGUAAAGAUUCUGAGAAGCGUACUCUCUACGGCUAUAAUGGUAUUGUCAAUGGCUUCGUCGCGACAGCUUACAUAUUUCCAGAGGCUCGCACGGCCAUCGUUACUCUGAGCAAUGCUGCCAAUGCCGGAGACGCAGGCGAAACAGCAUCUCGAAUCAUGCUCCAGGCUCUUUUCAGACUCAAGCCACGAGUCAGUACACUUCAGCCAUUACGAGAUGCUCGGGACCGCUGUCUCAGGGCUCAUGAAACAAUGGUGGCUGAUUGGCAGCAUGGACGUGAUACAGCGCGAUUUAUUGGUGCUUCUAAGGACUUCAUCGGGACGUAUGUUGGCUUGAACACAAUACGUAUCAGCAUUUUGGCCAUUGAGAGCGAUGAUGCGAAUGAGUCUAUUCGGCUGUCUGUGGUAUUUGGCGACAACCCUGCCUCAAAGUGUGCUCUGGAGCCAUACAAUGCUGAUAUGCUGAGCUUCCUACCUCUCAGCCGAGAAGCUUUGCUUUCCCGGGGGAUGCUUGCUUGGACAAAUUACAAGAUGGGUAUCUUUGACCUUGUGAGAGAUGAAGAGGAUGUAGAAGUAGCAGGAUCCUGGUGGCAAUGGGAGCCAUAUGACUACCCUUCCUUGUGGGUGAGAGACCAGGCUGGCAUGGGUCCGCAGCAGAUUCAGGAGGUGCUUGACAAGUUUGGCCAGUUCCGUGUGGGAGAAACGACUGAUUUUGAGAAGCCUAUGGCUCAUGAGUAA